ACUUACCAAACAAUUCUCUCCGAUCUCGAUCCCCAGUAAUCAUGAGCAGCCUCUCUAAUAUUUGGUGGUGGUGGGAAGCAAGCAAUCAGAAGGACCAGUUCACUCGAUCACUACUCACGCUCACCCUCGUCGUCCUUGUCAUUUUCUGGUACGCAUGGUUGCUCAGGAAAUCACGAAACCAAAACCCUCCAUUACCGCCGGGGCCACGACCACUGCCACUCGUAGGGAACCUCCCCUUCUUGGACCCGGAGCUCCAUACCUACUUUGCUAAACUGGCUCGGACCUAUGGUCCCAUCUUUAAGCUCCAGCUCGGCAACAAGGUGGGCGUCAUAGUGAGCUCGCCAUCCUUGGCUAAGGAAGUCCUCAAGGACAAGGACACCACCUUCGCCAACCGUGACCCGCCAAUCGCGGGACGUGUCACCACAUACGGCGGCAUCGACAUCGUAUGGAGUCCGUACGGACCGCAGUGGAGGCUGCUGCGCAAGGUGUGCGUGCGCGAGAUGCUCGGCAACGCCUCCCUCGAAGCAGUUUACAGCCAUCGCCGGCAUGAAGUCCGUCGGACCAUCAGCUAUAUUUAUAGCAAUUCUGGAUCUCCCGUCAACGUGGGUGAGCAGACGUUCCUUACUGUGCUCAAUCUUAUCACGAAUAUGUUGUGGGGUGGCACAAUCAAGGGCGAGAAGCAACAUAGCCUUGGAGUUGAGUUUCGGCAAGUUGUCGGCGAGAUGACUGAGCUUCUGGGUAAACCCAACGUCUCGGAUUUCUAUCCCAGUCUGGCCCGCUUUGAUCUACAAGGUGUGGAGAGAGACAUGAAGGCUCUGUUCCUGCGGUUGGAUCAGAUCUUCGACUCGGUCAUCGAUCAUCGGCUGAAGAUGGACGAACAGGGCAUAAAGGAAUGCCAUGAUUUUCUGCACUUUCUUCUGAAGCUCAAGGACGAAUCAGAUUCUCAGACACCUUUCACCAUGCUCCACCUCAAGGCCUUGCUUAUGGACAUGGUGGUUGGUGGGACUGAUACGACCACAAACACAGUGGAGUGGGCCAUGGCUGAGAUGAUGAACAAACAAGAGACAAUGAGAAAGGUCCAAGAAGAGCUAGACAGAGUGGUGGGAGGAGAAAGCAUAGUUGAAGAGUCUCAUCUUCCCAAACUGCAUUACCUGGCGGCGGUGAUGAAAGAGGUGCUCCGUCUACAUCCAGUGCUUCCUCUGUUGGUUCCUCACUGCCCGAGCUCAUCCUGCACCGUAGGGGGUUACACUGUUCCCAAGGGUGCCAGGGUCUUCGUAAACGUGUGGACGAUUCACAGGGAUCCUUCCAUAUGGGAGAGCCCUUCCACAUUUGAGCCAGAGAGGUUUCUCAACGAUAGAUGGGAUUACAGUGGCAAUGAUUUUAACUACUUUCCAUUUGGGUCUGGGAGAAGAAUAUGUGCAGGGACGGCAAUGGCGGAGAGGACAGUGAUGUACGCACUCGCUUCACUGUUGCAUUCAUUCAACUGGAGUUUGCCGGAAGGUGCUGCAGAGGUUGAUCUUUCUGAAAAGUUUGGGAUCGUCUUAAAGGCAGCAACCCCAUUACUUGCAAUCCCCACAUCGAGAUUGCCAGAUAAAGCUCUAUAUUUGUAGGAUAUGAUAGAGAUGAAAACUGUUUCAACUGUUCAAAUGGGGGAAUGAUACCAUUA